AUGAUCCAGGGAUGUGUUGUUUACGUUGGGCCGCCGCCGGGUCCGAUGCCCGGCCAGCAUUUCAUGCGCUCCGGGCCCAUACUGCCUCUGGUACACCCCGACCAGACCUCGGAUGAACCGCCAAUGAGUUUCGUCUCAGUGUUUCCUAGUCGUCCCCCGAUUCCUGGCUCACAACCACCGCCUCCACUCCCGGAUGCAACAUACGCGGGAGGAAAGAUUCACCCCGACACAACACCUCUUCCCGGCCAACCUACUCCACACGGGCCACCGGGAUUCCAUCCCUCUCCGUACCAAGACCAACCGGUGAUGCCACAUGGCCCGCAGCCACCCCCGAAUCCGGACCAGCCCCCGGCACCUCGCGGAGCACACCCUCCACACGAACAGUCAGGCCAGUCACCACACCACCACUGCAACAACAACCAAAACAACAACAAGAAGGACCGCCGCGACCUCGGAGUGCUCGCCCCGGCAAUCCACCCAGGUCAACCACAACCACCCCAAGGUAACCCCGGCCCUCCCACAAGACACAUAGCACCGAAGGACAAGUGA